GGUCCAACCAUAUGUCAGUCAUGCCUGGGGUAUACUACUUGUACAACUACUACAAGUUAUUUCUAUUUACUCGAAGAAGUAAAUAAUAAUAUACUUCACUUCUAUAAGUAAAUUUUUUAUAUUCAUAUUUUCUUAUAAGGUUUGAAUAAUCUCCCCUUAAUUUUCUCAAAAACUUUACUUGUAUAAGUAAUUUUUUUUACAAUCCCUAAAAUUCUCAAGUUUUGGGAUGUAAAAAUAUGCCUUUAACAAUUUUUCUCUUGUUAGCUCAUAAUUUUUUAUUAGAGUUCAACAUUUCAUCUCAUUAAUUCAACAAAGAAACUAAUUGCGCAAAGAUCUUAAGUAAUUGCGCAAGGCCUUCAAAAAUUGCCCCUUGGUCUCAGGCUUGUAAAUGAGCAGUGUUUUGAAGAUAACAGAUAAGUGAGGUUUUCAUUGUCCAUGAAAUUACACUUAAAUGAUUAAUAGAGACAUCUGCAAAGGAUAAACAAUUAAAAAUUCUAUUAGAGCAAAGAAGUCCUGAGAAAUUCAAGAAAAGAAGAUAGUAUGACUGUUUUACUUGUCUAAGGGACAUAACUAAGCCAUUAAAAUAAUUUACCUAUACAAGUAAAUAAAAUACACUUAUAUAAGUAAUUUGCAAAUAUACUUAUAUAAGUAUAUUAAUAUUUACUUCUUCAAGUAAAUAAUAAUAACUUGUACAAGUAGUACCCCUGACUGUAUGUCCACAUUCAAAAGAGCAUUAAUCGUAAAAAAAGGGGUGGGUUCCUACUCCUGAACCCCUCACCCCCCCCCCCCCUCUUUUUGGAUCCACCACUGCUACUUCAUGCACUUUCACUUUACACAAUCAUUCAAAUCAUGAACUAUUUCAUUUAAAAAACAGCACUUAAAUGUUGAGAGUCACUACUUUAUAAAAUUUAAAAGAGCACUAAAUAUUUAAAAAACAAAAUACUGAAACAUCAUAUUAUACCAUUCACACACCAAUACUAUCUAAUAUGCAUUAAUAUAAACAGUUUAUUUAAGACUUAAUGUAUUAAAUUCAAAUAACAGUCUCAAUUGUAAUCUAAGUUCAAAGUCUACUGUGGCGGAAAAUCGUCAACUGGUUUGUUUGAUGGUCCAUACAGUCUUCAUCAAAUCCCCCCAAAAAUGAAAUGUAUUAAUGAAAAUAUAAAUAAUUUGAUUUAUACAUCUAAAAAAACAUCUAAUAAUUCUAUCGGUAUUUGAAUAAAAACAAGGUGGGAACGGACCCAGGGGGCGAACGUGUGGGGUGCGAAGGCGUAAGGUGCGAACGUGUAUUGGGAGCGAACGGACCUGAUAACCCCAAUUCCCCCUGUUACUUCAUUUGGAAAAUAUUGAUUAAAAUGUAGAGCCAUAUGCGUUGAGAGAAUGUUACAAAUUGUAUUUCAGCAUGCAGUAUCAAGAGUUGUUUUUCCAAAAAAUGAAUAGUGUUUUCUCUGUGUAUUGACCCUGAGACUACUAUAGACUGUUAAAGUAGUCUGUUAAUAUGUCUUUUGAUUGAGUUAAGCUAUUUCAAUUGAUAUUUUAUAGUGUGUCUUUCUAUGUUGUGAUGUUACACUAUUGUUUCAGAUAAGGGUGAAGGUUUGGUACCAUUAAAACGUUUAAACCCGCUGCAAUUGUUUGCAUCUGUCCUAAGUCAGGAAUCUGAUGUUCAGUAGUUGUCGUUUGUUGAUGUGGUUCAUAAGUGUUUCUCGUUUCUCGUUUUUUUAUAUAGAUUAGACCGUUGGUUUUCCCGUUUGAAUGGUUUUACACUAGUAAUUUUUGAGGCCCUUUAUAGCUUGCUGUUCGGUGUGAGCCAAGGCUCUGUGUUGAAGACCGUACUGUGACCUAUAAUGGUUUACUUUUAUACAUUUUGACUUGGAUGGAGAGUUGUCUCAUUAGCACUCAUACCACAUCUUCUAAUAUCUAUCCGAUUGGCCUGUUACAAGAGACAUCAGUACUGUCAAGUUUUCAUAAAGCAAAUGCGUGAGAUUUGGCCAAAAUUGUAAAGAUCAAAGAGAAAAAAACAAUAGAUCAAAGGAAAAUGCUACCAAAUAAGCAUGAGUCUCACGCUUAUUGCAUGAGACUUGGCAGCUCUGAGACAUAUAAUACUGUAUAAUAAUAUUGUAGUAUGUCUUUGCUGUUACCUAUACUGUAAAAUCCACCUUUGUCAAAUGGAACACUUCUUGAAGUGUAGAUUCCCAACUUUAAAGACAAUUUGUCAUCAGCAGCAUCCCACAUUUGAAUGGUUAAAAUCUAAAAUCUUUUUUUUACAUGAAUAAUAUAAAUGCAUCAUACCAUCACCGCACUUAUUUACAUCAAUACAAUAUGAAAGUUUUUCUUUCGUUAUGAAACUUUUCUAUCAAAUUAUAUCCAAAUACUUAAAAACAUGGCAUCUUACACCAUAGAAGAUCAAAGAACCAAUAUAUACAUUUAAAAUCAAUAAUCUUGCUCCAUACAGCAAAUGACAUUAACUCAUCUACCACACUCGCAGCUUCUGAAUCUAGUAACUAAAUAGACUGACCCAAACAUCAAAAACAGAAAUGUCAUUUGAAUUGGGCAUAUUUAUAUUAAACUCUUUUUAUUAUUUAAAGAGAGGGGAAGGAACCAAAAGGACAUUCAAACUGAUUAGUCGAAAAUAAAAUGACAACGCCAUAUUCAAAUCGGUCAUUCAGAAGUGGUUAUUGUAUCUUCUCAAAAAGUAAUCUUCUUAGUUAAUGAAUACAUUUUGAUCUAGCUUCUUCCAAUGUUUUUUUACAUUUUAAAAUAAAGUGCAUGAAAUCUUCAGGUUGUUUAAAACACAGGGGACACAACGAACUGGUUCUAUGCCCAUUACACAAACGCUUAGGCAGAAUGAAAAUAAGUUACAUUUUCAUUAUUAAUAGCAUUGGAAACUUAUAAAAAUGCAUAAAAAAUUGAAGUAUGUUUGUAAAUAUUUGUCCUAUUUUGGAAUUAUUGCCCCUGAAAUGUUGAUAUUAACUUUUUGGGCAUUUCCUUGCCAUUGUUACAAAAACGAUAGGAGUAAGCUUAAAUGUGUAAAUUGCAAAAAUGAUCAGCAUGAUGAUAAGAUGUAUCCACCCUGAAAAUUAGAGAAAAAUCCAAGCUAUUGCCCCUGAAACGUCAACUUUUUCCCCAAUUUUUAGCAGUCAUAUUGGCUAUUAUCGUGAAAAUUAGAGGAGACAUGUUAAAGGUGAAAACUACAAAAAGGAUCAGCUUGGCAAGUUGUAUCUACCCUGAAAAUCGAAAAACAAUCUGUUAACAAAAAAACAAAGGAUAUGGGGUAUCCAUCCAUGACACAAAAUCAGCACAUGCACAGCUAAAAACACACAAACAGCAAAGGAACAGCGCUUUUAUGGCUGUUCUUCAUUCAAGGUCACCUGUUUUGGAGUUGCUCCCUGAAAUUUUCUUUUAUUUGCAAGUUUUUGGCUGUACUCGUGAAAACUGAAUGAGCUCUAAAAUUGUAAAUAUUACUUCCCUUUUUGACUAUAUAAAGAAUAUCAUAUGGCUUUUUCAAUAUCACACCCGUAUCAACCCGAGACAACAAUAAAAUUCCAAGAGCUCUGCUAGAGGGAUUAUAGUGGUUAAGGGUUGAUACGGUGUGUGAUAUUAAAAAAAAACCAUAUCAUAUACACUUUAUUAUAUACAAUAAGUGGAUGUUUUUCCCACCGUGAGUUGAUGUAAUACAGAUUGGGGUUUGAUAAAGCCUUUAUAAGUGUGACUGAUAUCGAUGAUGUGACUUCAUAACGUUUUAGGGGUUUGAUAAAGCUUAUGUAACCGUGAUUGAUAUCGAUAUCAUCACGAUUGGUUGAUACAGCACGAUUGCCAUUGAUUGUAUUACACAUACAGUUUACCUGUAUUUACUAUUAAGUAUAUAAUAAAGUUUAUUAUGGAAAUAAACUAAACAUUUUUUACGAUAUGUAGAACAUUUCAAUUAGAAAUAUGUAUUAAAAUGUUUGGUAAAAUUUUAGAGGCAACUCAUUUAUGGAAAUAAUAGUCACUCUUUGAUUCUGUUAUUACGCACUUAUUUACACAAUUUGUUUCCCUUGGCAAAUUGUAGACUGGUUCUUAACAAGACAACUGCCUCUGCAAAGCAUGAUAAGUUGAAAAUUAAAUUCAAGCAGUUUAAUCAAUUUUUAUUUUGAAAUAUACCUAAUGACAUCAAAAGUUUUUUUUCGCUUAAAUGAUAUGUACCUUUGUAAUUAAAAGGAUAUAAAAGAAUCACACAUUAAACAUAGAUACAUUAUGUCCCUCCGAAAGGAAAUAACUAGUACAAAUAUUGGUUUUAUAGCCAUCUCUGUCAGUAGAUCACCUUAAUUACCCAAUAAGGCAGUUUUUAUUCAAAAUAAUUAACAUUUUAAUUGAUAUUGGUAUUCAAAAUUGAGUCACACACAUAAAAAAAAAUUAUUUUGAAAUUGUCUGCAAAAUACAUAAAAUAUUCAUAGUGAUUGGAAUUAAACGAAACUUUUGUAUUAAUGGAUAAACAAUUACUAAAUCAAUUCUUUUGUCAAAAUUCAGAUCUGCCAACUUUCACUAUUUAUGUGGGAUUUCCCCCAUGAGAGGUGUUGACAUGAAUUUUGAAAUUCUUCAUUAUAUAAACUGAACACCUCAAAACAGACAUUCAAAUGAGUUAAAAGGGUAUUUAAGCUCAUACAUGCUAAUUAAAUAAAGGCAACAGUAGUAUACCGCCGUAUAAUUAAAAACACUUUUGACAAUAUAACAGGAGCAUAAUGCCCUGUUUCACUUAAUAUACCCAUGGGGAUUUUGAAAAAUUGGCAGGUAUGAAAAUUUUAAAAUUGAUGUUCAAUGAAUAUUUAUUGCACUGCUUGCAUCAGUAUUAAUCACACAUAACUGUGCUAGUGGUACACUUGUAGACCUGUUGUUUUCUUUUUAUUUAAGGAAUGGACGAGUUACCUCCAUGUAAAGUAUGUGGUGGAAGAAGCUCAGGUCUCCAUUAUGGGGUGAUGACUUGUGAAUCAUGUAAAGGAUUUUUUAGGAGAGCAUUUAUUCGAAAAUCUCCAUAUGAAUGCAAAUUACAACAAGACUGUCAUAUUACAGAAAAGACAAGAAAAUGUUUUGGGUGUAGACUAAGGAAAUGUUCAGAGGUUGGAAUGUCUGUUGAUGCUAUUCAGAUGGGGAGAGUCACAAUAAAUGAUAAAGCAGACAGAUUGAUUGAAUACAAGGAUAGACAAGAACAACAAAGAAAACAAACAAUCCAUACAACAAACCAGAUAGUUGUAUUAAGCAAUGAACUGUUACAACACGGUUCUAGUGAAGAUAAACUGUCAGAUGAAACAAACAGAGAUCCUAUCAUUGUGAAGCCAAAAUCAGAUGAUCAGACUCAAUCUCCACAUCUCAUUUUUGAAAAUCAGGAAACACUACUCACACUUGGCGAUGAUGAAUCACAGAACGUGACAGCCAUACCAACACAUCUGAACGGGAUAGAAUGCGGAACAACACUUCAAAAGAUAAAACAUCCAAUGGCAGAUACAAAUCUUGUGUUUGGUGCUGAAAAUUCAUCACAUCAUUCAUGUUUCCAGGGUCAUGAAUCUUCAUUGCCUGGUGAGAGGGAUAAAGUCCAUUUGUCUGCAACGACAAUUCUUAGUCAUUUGUGUAAAAACACAAUCUAUUCCUCUGAUUGUGAUGAAAGUAAAACAAUACAGCAUGUUAAAAAUUAUAUAAAUCAUCAUAAUGGGGAUGUUGAGUCUAUGAAAAAGGAAUGGUUAAAUGUAGGUGGAGAAGACUGUGGUGAUGAUUGUAUAUUUAAAAAUCUUGAACACCGUCUGUCACAGGAAGUAGAAUUAAGUGAAGAUACAUGUACUGACAUUGAUGGUAUUGUAUCAUCAUUGACUCAUGCCAUGGACUGUAUCCAGAUCUUCAGUGUAAAAUACUCAGCAGAUGAAGUGAAACAGAAAUUGAAAAAAGGAUCAGAAGAGUUCAAAGUGAAACAGGAAGUAUUUGGUGAACUGAGGAGGUUACCAGACAGAGACUAUUAUAACUUAUACAAAACAACAAGAAUUGAUGCUGAUGGUAGAAUGAAACAAAUAGAUGACCUCUUUAGCUGGUAUGCGGUCAUAGUUCAUCAAUAUAUUGACUUUGCUAAAAGCAUUCCAGGAUUCUGUUCAUUAUUAACUUGUGAUCAAGCAGCCUUGUUAAAAGCUUCAAGGACAGAAUGCUUCUUCUUCAUCAUACACGUAGCUUGUGAUCCGGACACAGAAAUGGUCAUGCUGUUUUCUGGUCAAACAUAUAACAUCAAAGAAAUUGUUGGUUGGAUGCCUGAAGAAUUGCUUAAAGUGUGGACAGAGUUUUGUAAAGGAAUACAGAAUCUGAAUCUUACAAAGAAAGAACAAGCUCUUGUUUUGGCUUUGUUGAUUACAACUCCAAACAGUGACAAAUACACUUUAAAAGAACCAGAAAAGGUUCAGGAGAUUCGUAAAAAAUUAGAACUUAGCAUUGAACAUGUGGUUCAAGGCACAGAGAAAAAUUCCACUGCCUUAUGGAUUCAGAUGACGAGAAACUUGAUUUCAUCAAUACAAAGUAUGAAGGACAUAGAAGAAACAGAGCAUAAUUCUGUCUGUCAGAUGCCAAGUAUUGUGAACUUUUUACUAAACGAAUGAUCCCAAAAAAGUUUAAAAAGAUUUUCUGGUUCAUAUGAAAAUUGCUCAUUUAAUGAUAUUUGUUCAGUAAGAAUAAAGGUAUCUCGUGCUUUUUAAAGCGGGCAUUGUAUAGUGAUGCGGAUGUCCUACUGUUAGUCGGUCUGUCUGUCUGUAUCCGCUACUGCUUCGGAACCGCUUUACAUACUUUUGUACCACUUUCACAGAAGCCGACUGACAUAAUGUACCUAUUCUUUUUUUAUUUUAUUUCUUCAUCUGAAUGAUUUUUAUGUUUACUUAGGCAUGACAUGGGCUUUAUCUUAUUCGCACAAUACAGUACACGUUAGUUUUCACUUCUCCUCAACCCCUUGUUACAAUUUAUCGUUAGAUUAUUAACCAUAUACAUUUUUUAUACCAUUGUGCACAUCAUAUAAUGUGUGCACUCUUUCUGACGUUAGAUUCUUAAAAUUUGAUACUCAGGGAAGAGAACUUUAUGUCGGGAUCUGAUAUAUUUCUUUUUUUAGCUUUGCUAAUGCUACCUCUAGUUUUUAAUGGCAUUUGUUUUUAUUAAAAUGUAUUUUUAUUGAUAUUUCUAUUAUAAGUGCAUGAUGGAAAACAUUUAAAUAACAAAAGAACUUCAGAGUAUUUUGUAUACAUUCAAAUAGAUAUGUUGUUAACUGUGUAGAAUAUUGUUUAAUGCUUUUUAUGGAAAUUAUAUAUUUUAUAACUUUUAUCGAUUGUUUUCAGUGAUCAAAACUUUCUUGAAACCAAUAAUUAUAAAAGUUCAUGUUAGGGUAACUUACAAGUAACUAACCUGUUGUGUAAUGAAUUUUUUGCACAGUAAUUGUAUCAGUAGUAAAAGGAUAACCUGGUUUCAAAAGAAAGACCAAAAUUAAUGAUUUUAAAUGUUUCUGGUUAAUGGAAGAACAAAUACUGCUUAUCUUAUUGUAUUGUAGUUUUAUUUGAAAGGACUUGAUUACACUGCUUAUGUUAGUUCCUUGGAAACAUGAAAUAAAUAUUAUGUUUUUAAUUGUAUACAUUAUUUACAGAUAGAAAAUUUCAUAUUGUUGAAAUAAAAAUAUAUCUGUUCUCGUUAUGAAUGGGAAAUGUGAAUUAUUGGCGCAUGAAAAACAGUAUUUUUAUUUAGUACUUUCAUUCAAUCAGUAAAUUGAAACGCUCUUAAUUUAUCAGUGGUUCCAUAAGAACUCAAUAUCUUUGGGAGGGUAUUCAUAGGACUUUUAAGAAUGUUUGGGAUUUUUUUGUGGCAUUAAACUACGAAAGUUGGCCAGGAAGUAGAAGAUACUUAAAGAUAGUUCGGAUAAAAAAUGCUAGGUUUGUUUGAAAUGUUUAUAUCGUACAAUGGAAAAUAUGAGAUCUGGUUUAUAAAUUCAUGACACAAAAGCCCUACAUGCACAUAAUAAAACCCAAUGCAAAGGAACUGCUUUUUUAUUGCAGUUCUUCAUCUCAUGAUCCAAGUGAGGUCUUACAACACAGAACAUUCUUAUUUUUAUACAAAUAGCUUAUUUUUGCUUCUAUCUAAGUACAUUUGUACUGUUAAAUGGUUCUUUGAUUGCUUAUACUUAAAUAUCCUUCUUUGUUGGGUAAUUGUACUCGGAACUUGCCAACUUCAAAACAUGUGAUAUUCCACAGCAAUUAGGGCAUUAAACCUUUGAACUUCCUCAGGGUGAAAAUUUUCAGAUAUUAUGUCAGCAAUAAAUUUUUGUUUCACCUGUGAUAAAAGUCGCUGAAGGGAGACUGAGGCGUGCUAUUUCUGGCAUUGGCGUCAGCAGCAUCAACAAUUAUUAAAGUUUUCGAAUAGGUUACGCAGGCAGGACAUAUUUGUUUGUUAAAACUUUAUUAUACUAAUACUGUGAAAGUACUUUUAUUCGUGGGUAUCAAUUUUCGUGGUUUGAGCAAAAUUUAUAUGUUCGUGGGUUCUUAAAUUCAUGGAUUUUAGAUUUUUUUUUUAAUUUUAAAAAAUCGAAUGAAGAAUUUGAAGCCAUCAUAAACGAAGAUUCUUGAAAAUGAUCAUAUAUGUUGUAACGAUUUGUGGGACAUUGCAAAAUAAGGUGUUCAUUUUCACUUACAUGUUCAUAUUUCAUUACUGACAACAUCCAUUAAAAAAAUGAUUGAUCUAUACUUCCAAAUUGUCUCAAUUGAAGGAAAUUGCAAAGUAAACAUUUUAAUAGCACACUAUAAUCAGAAAUGAUGACACUAAUUAACCCGAGAUCGAAUAAUUAACAGAUUUACGAUCAUCAUAGGUGUUAAUUGUGCCAUAAACAUGUCACUUAAAGAAAUCGGUUAUAGAUUAAAGAAAUGCUACAAAUGUACUUUGAAUUGUAGAAUUAACUCUUAUGAAAUAAAAAAGCAAGCCCAUAAUGAUUUUUUUUCAUAUGAGAAUUAUAAGUGGAUAAAAUGAACUUUUCAUCAUCGUAUAUCAUCACCGGACGUCUGAAUUUUAUCGAUCAAAACUAAUUUUCAAGAGAAUUAAAAGAUUAAAAGUAUUCAUAGUGUGUCUGCAGAUAUUUGAUUAUUCUCUAGAUUAUAUAUGCCCGUAUCCAUGUAGUCAAAUCUACAUGGGGAUCUUUCCAAGUCUUGAUUUGGACAACAGUUGUUAAAUUUCAUGGACACUUAAAUUCGUGGAUAAAGCCAUCCACAAAAACCACGAACAUUGGUACCCCACGAAUAAAAGUACUUUCAAUGUGAAUUAUGUAAUGUGAUACGAUUUAUUGUUUGAAAUUGAGUGAUUGUCUUAUGUCCAGUUCAAAAGCUCAACGCAAGCUUAUGUUAUAUUGUUACUAAUCUUGCCAACUUUACAUCAAGAUUUUUUUAAUUAUAUUUUCUUUUUAAACAAACAAAGUUUUAUACAUUGAAAAAAAUAUCAUCAAUUUAUACAUUUAUAUUCUUCUUUUACUAGUACCUACUAUUACAUGUUAUUUAUAUGAUUAUUGUAAUUUGUUUUGUUUGCCAUAUUUUUGUUUGUGCCAUGUAUAUAGAAAUAUUUGUACAUUUAGUUUAAUUUUUUUUAUUUCAAAGAAACAAAUUAUGCUAUUAUUUUUCAAAAAGAUUAAAUUUCAUACAUUUAAAAAAUAAUCAAUUUAUACAUUUAUAUUCUUAUUUUACUAGUAACUACCUUUACAUAUCAGUUAUAUGAUUGUCGUUAUUUAUAAUGUAUUCUUAAAGUGCUAUUUUUAUUUUUGUGCCAUAAACAUAGAAAUAUUUGUA